CCUCUGAGACAGAAACAGUCCGUGAUGAUGUCGCAGCUGGUUUGUGCUCUGCUUUUCCUGUGUUUACUUCCAGCUGUGGUUCCCCUCUUCUGUUACACCUGUGUGUUCCCCGCCAUCUCACCUCUGGACUGCAUUAGAUACCCUAUGAAGUGUCCUCCUGGGCAGCUCUGUCUGUCCAGCAGAGCUGUGGGCCAGAAAGGGGACUACCGUGUGGUGUUGUAUGAGAAGAGCUGCAUCCUGCCUCCUCUGUGUGGCAUCACUGGUGAAAAGUACGCCAUGGGACUCAACUUCACCUUCACCAAUGAAUGCUGCAACACACACCUAUGCAACGGAGCUGCAACACCUGCUGCCCCCUACUGGACCAGUACACUAUUUACACUAAUUUUGUCCUAUGUAGUUUGGUGA